AUGGCGGCGGCGGCGGUCAAGUCAUCACGGCGCGGCGGCGGCGGCGGCUCGGGGGAGGACUUCAGCGCGUGGUUGGGCGGCGCGGGGUACAGCGAGGGCGACGUGCGUGACAUCGUGGCGGAUACGCUGCACGGAUCGCGCUCCGACCCCACGUGCGAGAACUGGGAGGAGGUGGAGCAGCUGUGCGAUCAUCUGGACCGUUGGUCGCCCGAGGAGCGCAUCACGAUGCUCGAUAUCGUCGUGGCGGCGAGCGCGGACGACGAUUCCGGAUCGGAUCUCGAGGGUGGGAAGGAUGAUGAGCGAGACGUUGUGUACGUGGUUUCCGGCACCGCGACUGCUGCGGCGGCAACGGCGGUGUUAAAAGCGCCGGACGGUGCGAGCGAUGUUGUGCUGAGUGGCGUGUCUACUGCAGCGGAGAGGCUGAUUGUUGCUAUGGGGACUCAUGCUAGCAGCACGAGCCUUCCCGCUUCAUCUGUCAGCUCACCAGUUGGUAGCGGCACCUUCCUGGGUUCCAGCCUUUUUUCCGCAGGGGCCCGCGCAGCAGGCGUUGGAAAUUCGGAUGAUCCGUCGAAAGAAUCUUCAGAUGGAGCUCGUGGAGAAGAUUCUGGGAACCUGCUCCCCGGCAGGAACCAGAGGUUGUUUCGUGCAGGAGUGAGUGACAAGAGCGCCAGAGUGCGUGUUAACUUCCGCAGCAUGGGAGGCAAGGAGGAUAAUGCGGAAGGCGAGAGGAGCGGCUCUGCUGCUGCUGCUGGUGGUGGUGGCGACGUGGGUGUUGCUGUGUCGUAUCUUGAUUCGGUGGGGGCAAUGGUCACGGGUGUGGAACUGGUGCUGGAUGAGAGUGGUGAGGACUGUACAGGCCUGUACCUUUCGUGUCAGCCGGCUUCCGUGUUGGCAGAUAAGGCAGGAGCAGCAGCAGCAGGAGGAGGAGCAGUAGGAGGAGCGGCAGGAGAGGCAACUGCUGCGCCCCUGCACUCAGCGCCCUGCAGGCUUCAACUAGACCAGCAACAGAUAGGUUCCGACCUUCUCCUAGCUUGA